GGCAAAGACAGUGAUGAACAGCCACAGCUGACGGUUGAUAUUGGGGAACCACAAACAGAGGCCCUGGAAGAGCCUGUGGACAAAGGUGCAGAUUUGGUUUACUCCCUCAAUGACAGACCACCGUGGUAUCUCUGCAUCCUGCUUGGCUUCCAGCAUUACAUCCUCGCGUUUGGAGGCAUCAUUGCAAUCCCGCUGAUCCUGGCCGAGCCCCUCUGCAUAAAAGACAACAAUGUCGCCAAAAGCCAGCUCAUCUGCACCAUAUUCUUUGUGUCAGGAAUAUGUACUCUGCUGCAAACAGCCAUUGGUACCAGGUUACCCAUCCUCCAGGGUGGGACAUUCAGUUUCAUCACUCCGACCCUGGCCAUUCUUGCCCUGCCCAAGUGGCAGUGCCCAGCCCCAAAAGCACCCAUGAUGUUGUCCGUGCAGCUGCAGAACAGCACCAGCUCGCUACAAAUGGAAAAUUCUGAUGAGGUCUGGAUGUCACGAAUGCGUGAGAUCCAGGGAGCCAUCCUGGUGUCCUCUCUGCUCCAGAUCGUCCUGGGUCUUUCUGGCCUGGUUGGCCUCGUGCUGAAAUAUAUCGGUCCGCUGGCUAUCGCCCCCACCAUCAACCUCAUUGGCCUGUCACUGUUCAUUGAAGCUGGGAAGAAGUCUGGAGGUCACUGGGGAAUUUCUGCUCUCACAGUCUGUCUGAUCCUCCUGUUUUCUCAGUACCUCAGCAAAGUCAAUGUUCCAAUGAUUGCUUACAAGGAUAAGAAGUGGAAGAUUUUCCAGUACCCCCUCUUCAAGCUCUUCUCUGCUUUGUUCGGGAUGUGUGGUGCCUGGCUCGUCUGCUUCUUACUGACCAUCUUUGAGGUCUUCCCUUCAAAGUCUGAUGAGUACGGUUUCUCAGCCAGGACCGACAUCAGCCUGGACGCUGUGGCUAACUCUCCUUGGUUCCAUGUGCCUUACCCAGCAUUGCCACCACAUAGACAAAAUGUGCCUGAUUAUCAGUAA